GUUUACUUUACCAGAAAGUCACUGCUACUUUCACCGCGAUCGAACGAGUCGAGGGGUUCCCUCUUCCUUACGGAGAAGGAGAAAGAGAAAGAGAAAGAGAAAGAGAAAGAGAGAGAGAUAUGUGGGUGUUUUACCUGAUCUCCUUGCCCCUCACAACGGGGAUGGUGCUAUUGACGCUGAGGUACUUCGCUGGCCCUGACGUCCCUCGUUACGUGCUUUUCACCGUUGGAUAUACCUGGUUUUGUUCCCUCUCCAUCAUCAUCCUCGUUCCUGCUGACAUUUGGGCGACAAUAUCUUCCCACCAUGAGAAUGGAGGCAUUUCUUUCUUUUGGAGCUGGUCAUAUUGGAGCACGUUUUUGCUUACUUGGGCUGUCGUGCCCCUUAUUCAGGGUUUUGAAGAUGCUGGGGACUUCACUUUGUCUGAAAGAUUGAAGACUAGUGUACAUGUUAACUUGGUCUUCUAUCUAAUUGUGGGAUCCAUUGGCCUUUUUGGACUUAUUCUUCUCAUUAUAAUGCACAAGUUCUGGAGUGGAAGUUUUUCAGGAUUAGCCAUGGCUUGCUCAAAUACUUUCGGACUUGUUACUGGUGCAUUUCUUCUUGGCUUUGGUUUAAGUGAAAUUCCCAAAAGAGUUUGGAGAAAUGCUGACUGGACCACUCGCCAGAAAGUUCUUUCCCACAAAAUUGCUAAAAUGGCUGUCGGUCUUGAUGAUGCUCACGAAGAACUUUCAAAUGCUAUUGUUGUUGCUCAAGCCACAUCCAACCAGAUGUCCAAGCGUGAUCCUCUAAGACCUUACAUGGAUGUAAUUGAUGAUAUGCUAACUCAAAUGUUUAGGGAAGACCCAUCCUUCAAACCACAAGGUGGCCGAUUUGGGGGAAAUGAUAUGGAUUAUGAUACUGAUGAGAAGUCAAUGGCAACACUAAGACGCCAUCUUCGGGGAGCUACUGAGGAGUACUACAGGUAUAAAAGUGAGUAUAUGACUUAUGUAUUAGAAGCCCUUGAAUUGGAAGAUACGAUAAAGAAUUAUGAACGCCGCAACUCAACUGGAUGGAAAUAUAUUUCAAGUAUUAGACCUGCUCGGACUGGCAAGUUGGGAUCUGUAUUUGAUACUUUAGAUAUGAUUGGAUUCUGUCUUAUCCGUAAAUAG